UACAAUUAAACAAACAUGGAGUGCCUACCACGCACCAGAUACUGUUCUAGGGGCUGGGGUCACAGCAGUGAGCAGUCAGACAAAAUAAUGCUCUUAUGGAUAGCUCCUCAGCUCUAUCUCCUGAGGUCACAGAAGACAAGCCAAGUAAUUCUUCUUCAUGGAACCCUACAGAUAAUUGAAGACUGCACUCCUGUUCCUCUGAGUCCUCACCACAAGCUAAUACUCCCAGUUCAUCCAGUAUCAGGCCUGCAGCUGAACCAGAAGGCGCUCACCACUUUCCCAGACGUGGUGCUUGUCCGCGUGCCCACGCCCUCCGUGCAGUCGGACAGUGACAUCACCGUCCUGCGACACCUGGAGAAGCUGGGCUGCCGCUUAGUCAACCGCCCACAGAGCAUUCUAAACUGCAUCAACAAGUUCUGGACAUUCCAGGAGCUGGCUGGGCAUGGGGUCCCCAUGCCAGACACCUUCUCCUAUGGCGGACAUGAAGACUUUUCGAAAAUGAUCGAUGAAGCCGAGCCGCUGGGCUACCCCGUGGUGGUGAAGAGCACGCGCGGACACCGGGGGAAAGGUGUUUUUCUAGCAAGAGAUAAACACCACCUCUCAGACAUCUGCCACCUGAUCCGCCACGACGUGCCCUACCUGUUCCAGAAGUACGUGAAGGAGUCCCACGGAAAAGAUAUCCGGGUGGUGGUGGUCGGCGGCCAGGUGAUAGGCUCCAUGCUUCGCUGCUCCACAGAUGGACGGAUGCAGAGCAACUGCUCUCUCGGUGGCGUGGGCGUCAUGUGCCCACUGACGGAACAAGGCAAGCAGCUGGCUAUCCAGGUGUCCAACAUCCUGGGCAUGGACUUCUGUGGCAUCGAUCUUCUCAUCAUGGACGAUGGCUCCUUUGUGGUGUGUGAGGCAAAUGCCAACGUGGGCUUCCUAGCCUUCGACCAGGCAUGCAACUUAGAUGUGGGCGGGAUCAUUGCAGACUACACCAUGUCCUUGCUGCCCAACAGGCAGACCGGGAAGAUGGCCGUCCUCCCGGGCUUGUCUAGCCCCAGGGAGAAGAAAGAGCCAGAUGGCUGUGCUUCAGCUCAGGGAGUUGCGGAGAGCGUCUAUGCCAUCAACAGCGGGUCUACCUCCAGCGAGAGUGAGCCUGAACUGGGAGAGAUCCGGGCUUCCUCAGCCAGCACAGCAGGGGCCCCGGCCCCCAUGCUGCCUGACCCCAGCUACAACAUUAACACCAGGAUUGCUUCAGAAUUAAAACUUAAGUGAAUUCCUGCUUUUUGGCAGCACUGAAACCAAAUCCUACUGCUUCCCUAGUAGUUUUGAGCGAAUAAAAUCUGGACUAGUGUGA